AUGGGCAUUAUCAUCGCUGUGAUUCUUCUGUUUCUUGGCAUUGGAGUGCUGGUUUUAGUCCAUUUAUGUAUAGUAGGCAGAUCCUUCAUCAUUAGACGAUUUCGUAACCCUUCGAGAUUUGACACAAACAACAAUAGCAACACGAACCCAACCAUGUCCGAGGACGAUGUUCAAAAGCUUUCAUGUUAUGAUUACAGUGCAAAAGAGAAAGAAAACAGCACUUGUUUUCAAGUCCUGGAUUGUGCUAUCUGCUUGGAAGACUUCAAGAUGGGUGAAAAAUGUAGGCUUUUGCCACUUUGCAAGCAUAGUUUCCAUGCUGAAUGUGUGGAUUCAUGGCUUCUGAGGAACCCCAUUUGCCCCGUUUGUCGAACCGGUGCCGGUUCAGGCGAGUCCGAAUCGGAUUUAGGUUGCUGA